AUAAAUAGCGCUGAGAGAUGAGAAAGCGACAAAGUCCUUAAUCACGAAGCAAAGAAUUUCUUCAUUCAAUCCCAAACCCAGAAACCGAAACCAAGCAACUGAGAUCCGAUGGCUUUGGAGUGGGUUGUACUAGGAUACGCCGCGGCUGCAGAGGCCAUCAUGGUCCUGCUCCUGACGCUCCCGGGCCUCGACGGCCUCCGCAAGGGCCUCGUCGCUGUCACCCGCAAUCUCCUGAAACCGUUUCUGUCGGUGGUGCCGUUUUGCCUCUUCUUGCUGAUGGACAUCUACUGGAAGUACGAGACUCGGCCGAGUUGCGAGGGCGACUCGUGCACUCCCUCCGAGCACCUCCGCCACCAGAAGUCGAUCAUGAAGAGCCAGCGCAAUGCGCUCUUGAUCGCCGCCGCCUUGAUCUUCUACUGGCUUCUCUACACCGUCACCCACCUCGUCAUCCGCAUCGAGCAUUUGAACCAGCGCGUCGAACGCUUGAAGAAUCGCGACUGAGUCCACUCGAUAAGUUUUAGUUGUUGUUAGAUCUUAGAUGUGGAGCUCUGAGGUUUAUUUUGUGUUUGUGGUGGAGACAUUAUUAUUGGGUUGACUACAGUUCUUUUUUAAUCGGAUUUUGAAAUUUCUGUUGCUAUGUGUCCGUGAAUUUGGAAAUUAGGGAUUUUUGUAUGUGAAUUUGUGGAAAUUUGCCCUAUAAUUAUGUAUUGUUGAUCUUUGAGUUUUAGGGUAUGUGCUGCUUAUAUAUCCAACUAGUUGUCCUGUACAUUGGUUCGGAUUAAUAUGCAUCUGGGUUUGUGAGAUUUAA